AUGGCAUUGCAGAUGGACAAAUUAAUUGCCCUGUCCUAAAUUGUUAUCUACAAUUUAUAAGUCAAGGAAAUCAAAGCUUAAGCUUGCUAUGAUUCGGAUAAUAUGCCAACUGACGCUUUACCUGAUAUAUGCCCGCUAGAUAUUUAAGAUGGAACUAAUGCUUGGAUGGAUGAGUAUCUAUAACAAUAGCUCAAUUCCAACAAUCAUGUUUAUGGAAAAGGAACAUCAAUCAUAAAAGAAAAGAAAACAUUGACAUAUUGCACUAAUGUUGCCUCAUUUAUGUAAAAUUUGAGGCCAGGAAGAACCUGCAAGUAUGACUAGCAAUGCAAAUCAAGAGAUUGCAAUGAGAAGCAAUGCAGAGGACUCAUCUAAAAUUCCUUCUGCAAUUCUCAUGAUGAUUGUGCAGCUGGACUUUACUGUAGAGAUUCAAUCAACUGGCCAUAUGAGUCAAAGUGCUCUGCCUAAAGAGGGUAAUCAAAAAAUCAAUUUUAAAUUAUUUUGCUUAGAUAAUAUGAAACAUGCACUACUGAUUAUGAAUGCUAGAAUAGCCUGUUCUGCUGGUAUGCUUCAUCAACUGAUAGAAAACUUAACCAAACUAAAUGCUUGCCUAUGUAUAGUCAGCCCAUCAACACAAUUUUUGGAUGGUCAACGACUGACAGAAACAUUUCUAGAACUUUGGAAUUAAUUAUAGAUGAUUUUGAAUUAAAUGGAAAAUACUGCUAAUCAGGACUAGCUCAUCCAGUCGAUGUAUAUACUGCUAGGUGUGCAGUUGCAUCAUCAGUUUAUGGCUACCCUAUAAAUAGUACUACUGGUAGCACCCUAGUAAAACCCUAUGUUUGUGAUCCUACUGAUGUCAAUAAAAAAUGCAAAAUUAUAAUAGAUACCACUGGCCUGAAUUCCACUCAAUUAUAAUAUGCGUCGCAAGGCAAAAGAGGCUAUGUAGAAGUAUUUUGCAAAUGCUCACUAGCAGGUGGAUCUUAAAGUAAUGUAGGUUUUUGCGGUAGUGUAAUUGGAACAGAUGAUUACACUAAUGCUGUUGCAUCAUUGCUGAAUGUAUUGUAAAAGUCAAAAUGCCAUACUCUCGACAGAGAUGACUUAAGAUCUUAAAAAGAUCCAUGCGGAAUUGGCACUAAGAAUGAGGAAUGGCGCUUCGCUGUUGAGAAAAUGUUCAAUGUUACAUACUGGUAGUAUAUCUAGGUUGGUUCAGUCUAUAGCUGUAUCUACAAAAUAUUUGGAGACAGUUGGUAUAAUCUAAACUUAAAUACUGCGUACCUGCUGAGCACAAGUGUAGUAAUUUUCUCUGUGGUAUUUGGGAUGGUUAGUUAUGGUAGUUGGAUUUGA